UAGGUAGCUAACAAUUGAGGUGACGUGUUACCGAGUGAGGAUGAUUAUCCACCAGAUCUCACUACAACGAUAAAUACAAACAAAUUCUCCAACAAUAGCUGAACCUUCUUCGGAUCUGCAACAGGAAUAGCAGAAAGCAGAACACCCAACUAGAAGGUACAAUAUAGGGGAAGGUAGCUAUGGCUGCUGAUUCAUCAAAUGCAAAUGAAACAAAUGCUUCUCAGACGGUGCAUAGACCUCCUCCAUUGCCCUCUCCCUUAAGAUAUUCAAAAUUCUCACAGGCAAAGCUGCGAAUUCUGGUGACUGGAGGAGCUGGAUUCAUUGGAUCUCAUUUGGUAGAUCGGUUGAUGGAAGCUGGAAACAAUGAGGUGAUUGUUGCUGAUAACUUUUUCACUGGAUCAAAAGAUAACCUCCGGAAAUGGAUAGGACACCCAAAUUUUGAACUCAUCCGUCAUGAUGUAACCGAGACCUUGUUGGUAGAGGUGGAUCAGAUAUAUCAUUUAGCUUGUCCAGCAUCUCCUAUCUUCUACAAAUACAAUCCUGUGAAGACAAUAAAGACUAAUGUGAUUGGCACAUUGAAUAUGCUGGGACUUGCCAAGCGAGUUGGAGCAAGAAUUCUGUUGACCUCAACUUCUGAAGUCUACGGCGAUCCUCUUGAGCAUCCACAAAAGGAGGAAUAUUGGGGUAAUGUUAACCCAAUUGGAGUAAGAAGUUGCUAUGAUGAAGGAAAGCGUGUUGCAGAAACUUUGAUGUUUGACUAUCAUAGGCAGCAUGGUUUAGAGAUCCGCAUUGCUCGAAUAUUCAAUACAUAUGGUCCACGCAUGAACAUUGAUGAUGGACGUGUUGUUAGCAAUUUCAUUGCCCAAGCACUGAGAGGUGAAGAACUGACAGUGCAAGCUCCUGGAACUCAGACUCGCAGUUUUUGCUAUGUUUCAGACAUGGUUGAUGGGCUUAUUAGGCUUAUGGAAGGGGCUAAUACUGGACCGAUUAAUAUUGGGAAUCCAGGGGAAUUCACAAUGUUGGAACUUGCUGAAACCGUGAAGGAGCUUAUAGAGCCUUCUGCUCGUAUAAAGAUGACUGAAAACACUCCUGAUGAUCCUAGAAAGAGGAAGCCUGACAUAACAAAGGCAAAAACACUUCUAGGAUGGGAACCCAAGGUCACUCUACGUGAAGGCCUUCCCCUCAUGGCUGAAGACUUCCGUCAGCGGCUAAAUGUCCCAAAGAAAUCAUAAAUACGAGUCUUCGCAUGGAGGAACAAGGAUCAAAGGCAAUGGGUGGCUACUAAUUCAUCAAGAGAUUGGAUUUUCUUAUAUAGGAACAUUUUCUUGUUAAACAUUCAGGAUCUCAAUUCUUUCAUCAGUGCUUCAUUUGACUUGUAGCACUAAGGUUUAUAGCUAUAUUAUACUUAGGCUAAGGGCAAUUUUUUUUUAAUUUUCUUGCCGGGUUUGUGCAGAUCGGGUUUUCAUCUAGAGCUAUAAGUGGUCUAGAUAUGGAUUUUGAACAUUUGUGCUUUAGUCUCAUGGUUAUUUUUGUUGCAAUAUCUCAAUCUUUUAUUUCCAA